GAUUGCAGCCCACUCUGAACUCUAGCUUGAGCUUGUGAAGUUCAACUCUUCCUGAACAGAACAGAGGCAGAGUAAGAAGGACCACGCACAGGCUCGGCCUGUGUCUCUUGUGUCAUUUUGAACUUUUCCUCAGUGCACGGUGUAUUUGCUCUGCACUCCGCAAAAAUUCCCUUUACCUCCGCAUCCUACUUCAAGUGCCAGAAGUUAAUCGAAACGUUUAGGAAACGAUUCCUCUCGAGAUCCCGCUCACCCCGCUCGAACUCGAAGCCGCCGACCGGCAAGCGAACUCAGCUGACUUAAACAAGAGACUCGAGCACGACCUCCACCAUGGCGGACGAGAUCAAAGUGAAAGGCGACAAGAAGGAGCGAGAGCAGUGGGGCAGCAAGUUCGACUUCCUCCUGUCCGUCAUCGGCUUCUGCGUGGGCCUCGGCAACGUGUGGCGCUUCCCCUACCUGUGCUACAAGAACGGCGGUGGUGCCUUCCUCGUUCCAUAUGUAAUAUGUGCGCUUAUUGGCGGAAUGCCCAUGUUCUUCCUGGAGGUGGGCAUUGGGCAGUUCAUGAGUGAAGGAGGCAUAUCAGUAUGGAAAAUGUCGCCACUUUUCCAAGGUAUCGGUUACGCUGCCAUCGUGGUUUGUAACUGGCUCAACGUUUACUACAUCGUGAUUAUCGCCUGGGCCUUCUAUUACUUCAUCUACUCCUUCCAAGCCGAAUUACCGUGGGCCUCUUGUGGAAACUGGUGGAACACUGAUUGCUGUGUGUCUGCUGGUAACCACACCAUCAUCGAAGAGAUCAAGGCCCUUAACAAGACACCAAAGGAUUCUGUCGUCGAAUUUUGGGACCGCCGCGUCCUUCAGAUCACCGACGGCGUUGACGAGAUGGGAACCAUGGUCUGGCCUCUCUUCGGCACGCUCCUCUUCGCCUGGGUCCUCACCUACUUCGCCAUCUGGAAGGGAGUGAAAGUUACGGGCAAGAUCAUGUAUUUCACAGCCACUUUCCCGUAUGUGAUGCUAACGGCACUCCUAGUUCGCGGAGCAACGCUGCCAGGUGCUUCUGAGGGUAUCCGAUUCUACCUCGAGCCUAAAUGGGAGAAAGUCCUCGAAUAUCAGGUGUGGAACGACGCGGGCACUCAGGUCUUCUACUCGUACGCGGUGGCUCUCGGUGGCAUGGUCGCUCUGGGUUCCUACAACAAGUUCAACAACAACUUCAUCAAGCAGUGCACCUUCCUGUGUGUGUGUAACUCUAUGACUUCGCUCUUUGCUGGAUUUGGCAUCUUCAGCGUUCUUGGCUUUAUGAGUUACCAGCUCGAGCUCCCCAUGACAGAAGUAGCCGAGGCAGGACCCGGAUUGGCCUUCAUUGCUUACCCUAAAGCAAUGGCCUCCAUGCCAUUGGCUCCCCUCUGGUCUGCCCUCUUCUUCUGCAUGAUUCUCAUGGUCGGAUUGGACUCGCAGUUCGUGCAGGUGGAAUCUGUUGUGACUGCCAUUGUUGACUUGUUCCCCGACUACCUUCGUGUUGGCCGUCGUCGUGAAGCUCUUGUGUUCGGUGUGUGUGCCUUUGACUUCCUUCUUGGCUGCACCAUGGUUAUGCAGGGUGGCAUGUAUGUGUUCCAAAUCUUCGACACCUUCUCAGCCAGCGGUAUCAUCCUCCUGACCAUCUGUUUCUGUGAGAGUAUGGUCAUCGCCUGGGUGUACGGUGCCAAGAGAUUCUACGACAACAUGGCAAUGAUGCUUGGCUAUACCGUUAACCCCGUUUUAAUGAUCUGCUGGAAAUUCCUUACUCCAUUGCUCACUUUUGCCAUGGUCAUAUUUGCCAUCGUGUUCCACACACCUCUGACGUACAACAAAUCUUAUGUGUACCCUGCCUGGGCUCAAGGAUGUGGCUGGAUCCUCUGCAUCUGUUCUCUCAUCUGGAUCCCUGGUUACCUCAUUUACAAAUUCUUCCAGUACCCAGGAACCUUCAGGGAGAAAUGGAUUGCGUCAACCCGCCCCAUUCUCAAGGCACACCACCUGAGGGCCGAAGACUGGGAGGACAAUCCUCACAUCGAGUACAAAAAGACGAUGACAAUGGAUCCCCUCACCGAGAACGCAUAAAUCCCCCCUCUUCCAAGAAAGUCAGCCGAAAGGGGUGAAGUUGGUAUUCCUGUGUCUGACGGCAGCAUCCUGUGGUAAAUCCAGAUUGUAUUUUGGGGUUGGGAUGGAUGGUCAACAGGACACGUUUGGUGAGGGAACGAAUUGGAGACUUCACAACAAGGACAGGGAUUUCUAACAUCAAGAUAGAAUGUGGACUGAAAAUGCCGUUGAUUCUUGCUCUUAGUCAAGAGCAGCCGUAUGGCCGAGGCGUUUCUGAAUGGCAGUUCAUGGCAGAUAGUUCUGUGCUGUUUAGACUUACAAGCAUACGAUAGAUGUUGAGUAAUGGAGGCAGUGUGCUGCACUCCAAGACCCUUUUUGAUAACAACUUCGGGAUUCCAAGAUACGUCUUUUGCUCACUGCAGUGUUAUGACGUAGUAUCUAAUACAUGAAUAGAAAUGGAACAAGCAGAAAUCUAUACAAUAUAUACGUAAAUCGCAUCUUGUAGGGAAUACAAAAUACCCAUUUAAAAAAAUGUAAUCCUCAAGCAUUUCGUUCGUUUCGUAAUGUAUUUGGGUCUUGCUAAGAUAUUCAACCUACAAGAAUUGUAUGUUUAUACAGAAAAAAGCACAACUAGUGUUUGAAACUUGUUGCGUGCAGCAUCUCGCCCUUGCCGCCCUUAUAAUUCGCUUGUCUCCUCAAACGAAUUUUUAGAAAAAUAAGAAAUGAAUACAAAUAGAUAAUCGAAUUAAACGCACGAAGAUUAGCUAAAAGGCAGCCUUUCAAGAUCAAAACAACGAGGCUGACAUACUAGAAGAGAAAAAACAAAUAAGGAAAAGAAGUAUAAGAGACUAAAAAGAAAACAUUCGAGUAAAAGUUAUGUUAAUUACAUUGAAUUUCGAAAAGGGUCUCCACUGCUAACUCGAAUACGCCUACAGUCGAGAACUCAUGGUAGGCUAAAAGCGGCCAAGGUUGUCGUCUUUUCUUUGCCUUCAUGGAUCUGUUGUAAUCAUCAUUGUUUAUCUGCGCAUAUUCUCAUCGUCAGGACUCAUCGAUUCAUCGUCUUGUUGUCUAUUUUCGUAGAUGUCAUUGUGAAUCAUUAUAACAGGCAUACAUAAGAACAUACCAUUAGUAUAGGCAUAGGUGUAAGUAGUGAAUAGGAUAAAUCUGUGAUGCUCGAGGCCUGCUUCAAGUACAGGCUGGAAGGAUGGAAGGAGGGAAAUUUUAUCACAAUAUUAGUUAUAGUUUGAAGAAAUUAUUUACUGUCUUGCGGUGUCUGUAGAUCUAUUCACUGAAAAUCAUAGAGAAUAUCUUAUAUUAGUAUCGGUUUAGCAUUUAAGAAAAGAGACGUAGGAAUUGUUGAUAUUCUCUUCUUUGCUAGGACAAUGGGUUCUUUAUUCGACUCAAACUUGUGACUUAGAGGAAUUAGAAUUGAGCUGAAAACGAUAUUAGUUUUGCGCAGGAACAUCUUGGUCUUUAGAUUCAACAUUGGUAAGAUCUUAGACAAAAUUUCUUUUGCCACUUACAAACUGAGUCACCGAAGACAGAUUCUUUUCAUUACUUUUAUCAUUAUUUUAUAUUUCACAUUUUAUUCUGUAAAAAAAAAAAGUGAAGGCAUAAGCAUAAUCCAGUUUUUAUUGCCUUUGUUUUCAUGUACAAAUCUAUACGUGUAUAUAUAAGUAGAUAACUACUAAUGACUUGCUUUUUAGGAAAGAAAUGAAUUUGAUUAUACUCCUUUUGUAUUUUUUAAAAAUGAAAAUAAUCCCGAUUCCUUUGGUUUCUGGGAUUCGAGAAUCUUUGUUGAUCUUGUAAACGGAAUCAUUCAUUAUUUCAUCGACGCAGCCACAGCACCACAGGGUCGACGAGCUCAUUUUGAACCACCUGACAAGCAGUUGGGUGAGUUCAACAAGGGCUAAGGUUUUUUUUUAGCAUUCCAUUGUCUCGCUUCAGCCAUUCACAUCCAGUAGAUAUUUUUGUUUCCUGUUUUUUUCUUCUUUUUUUAAUAAGCCGUCAUAUUCAAAGCCAUGUACAUUCACUUUAUGUAUUUUUUCAUAUCCAUGUUGAUUGUUCAGCUCAUGCACAACACAUUUCAUAGGGGAGAAACCAUGUUAUCGAUUUGCUAUUGUCUUCCAUUUCUUUACGAAAAUGGAGUUUAGUUUUCUUUUUUUUUCUCUUCUUGAUUUAAGGAUAAUUUUUAUAUAUCUCUCAGUCUGAAUGAGAUAGUUGCUAUUUUUGUUCUUUCUUUGGUCUCUCUCCAUUGUUUUUUAGUAUUUACCAAAUUCUUGCCAAGAUAUGAGGGCAUUCAAAAGUUGUAUUGAUGUCAGCAAGAGAAUAAUUAGCUGUUGUAUUACUGUCAAAACACUGUUAUCAAUCUCCUCACUUGAGACUACGAAGACUUGCUGUCUCCGAGGCCACAAAUCUACGGCGUGAAAACCCGUCUUUGGUUCGAGGUGAUCAGCAAGUCCCUCUAAAAAUAGCAACCUCAUCUGCCUGUUCUUGGCAUAAGUUCUGUGAACUAUAUUUAGUAUUAGAGCUUAGAACCAAUUACUUUAUUUAUAAUUGGAUUAUAUAUAUAUACCUAAACAAACGUAUUGCCAGAUGAACUGGCGCUGCUCAAUGCUGAAAUAGGUAAGUUGGGGGUAAUAGUGCUCAUUCUUCUAGGAAAUCUUGAGUCGAAAGAGACAGUAAG